AAAGACAGGCUUAAACCAACAUUAAACCAACUGCGUGCAACAGUGGGGCAGCAAAAGCAGUUAUCAUAUGUUAUUUGAUCAAGUAACCACUUGUUAAAUGUUGCUUAUAGCUGAUGACACCUUCUGCUACUAAGUAACACCAAGACACAGUUCUAACUUUCCUUUAAAAAUGUUACAGAAUCCUAUAUCAGAGGUGAAGGUUGCUGAAGCGGAAGAACAACGACGCUGUAUGACAGAUUAAAUCUACACUUUGGACAAAAUUGUCAGUUUCCAUAAUGAGUGGUACGCAUAAAAAGAUGGAGAAUGAAAUUCUUAAAAUGUUCAACGAAGGAGAGCAAGAGGCAUUAGAUAUAAUAAAUAUUCACAUAAGUAAAGGACGGGACCCAAAUACUAUAAAGGUUGAAAGAACAGGAAAAACUGCACUUCACUUUGCAGCUGAACACAAAUAUAAGAUCGUCGCUGAAACGCUUCUUGAACACGGAAUGAACGGACUAACUAAGGAUAAAAAUGGUGAUACAGCUUUAGGUCUUUCAAUAAAGAAGAAGUUUGAUGACAUGAGUGCUGUCAUUGCCAGACAUAUGAAACCACUUGAAUUACGAAUAUUAUUUGGUACACUAUGGAAGGGAGAAGAGAAUAAAGAACACGUGCAAAAAGAGUUAGACUUAAAUGAAACAUUGUUGAGAAAUGAUUGCGAUUUCACGGAGACAAUAGGUGUUGUUUUCGAUAGUCUGCAAAAGCCUUCCAAAGAUGGUCCAGAUCAGUAUGAUAUCAAACCUUUGAUAGAAGAUGACAAGGGUAGAAUGCCCGAUGAGAGUGAUUUCAACUACAUACAUCACACCGGUUUCCAAAACCUAGCGGAAAAGGGCCUUAAGGAAGUUAUAUGUCAUCCAAUAGUUAGAUUAUUGAUCAACUAUAAGUGGAAGACCUGGGCAAGGAAGAAAUUUGCGCGGAAUUUCGUUCUGCACAUCCUGAGCUUGAUCGUUUUGACAGUAACUGUUGCUCUAGCGGGAACCGCUUCUGAUGUAAAGGCAUACGAUACAAGUUCACAGCGUGCACGUAUAUUUUUUGAAGUUGCCUUAUGCUGUUUUAUUAUCAAAACUGUUGUCCUGGAAAUUUUCCAAGUAGUUAGGCAUGGAUUUAGAAUUUACUUCAAAGAGCUUCUCAAUUGGCUUGAUUUAGCUUCAGCAUUUCUCCUGCUCAUUGUCAUUCCUGUACGUUUCAUUGAUACAAAGGCGCAUUGGUAUAUUUUUGCUCUCGGGUAUCUGCUUUGGGUGAUCAAAGUCUUUAAAUACGCCGUAGUUUUCAGUCAAACUGGAGCUUAUGCAGAAUCCCUGCGAAAAAUUUUCUGGAGAGACCUCAUUCCCUUCAGCAUACUGUUUUGUAUAGUAAACCUUGCAUUUGGAGGCACAUUCUUUCUUGUUUUGAAAGGCGACGGCAGCUUGGAGACUCAUGAUGAUACAAGCUCCCUUUGGGGAAUCUGGUAUGUUGGCUUGAGGACAAUGAUAGAGGCCCAGCCAAUUGUAGAAUAUACUGGAUCUGAAGGCUACAGACCAUUUGGAACGAUGGUCAUGCUAGUUUUCAUUUCAAUGACAAUUGUCGUGUUGCUGAACAUCCUCAUUGCUCAGCUUAGCGAUACGUACCAGAAAAUUCAGACUGACGCUAAGAAGUCUGUAUUAGUAAAUAGGGCUUGGACUAUCGCACGUUUAGAAAGGAAUGCAUUACCUUACCCACCCAAGUGUCAAAGUUGUCUAUGUCAUCUUCGUGAGUGUCUGGCAAGGUUUAUACCGCCGUGUCUUCAGGAAAAGGGACAAAAAGAAAGCGAAAGGUUUUUAUCUGAGGCAGACUUAAAGCCACUACAGUCUAAUGAAAUGGAAGAAAUCAGAUCUGCAUUAGCGGGAAUAAACAAUAAACUAGUAAAGUCUGAUCUUAAAGUUCAGACACUUAAAUCAAGAGUUCGAAAGAUAAAUGACUUUAAUGAAACGCUGUUACAAGAGAUAAAAAAGAUACAAAAGAUGCUGAAACCAUCACGAGAGGAAUCGACUGCAUGAAUAAUGAAAAUGAACGUAACAAUUCUGUAGAAUCGAUUACAUGUCAAAAAGAUAAAAUGAUUUUUCGUCUUGUUUUAAUAUUAUUAUUAUUAAUAUUAUUAUUAUUUAAAAAUACACUGCCAAGGUCUCUGUAUGAAAGAAUUGUGUUGAAGUCCAGAUAAACUAUAAAUUGUUAUUUUACGAAACUACAUUAAAUAUUAUUAUUUAUAGUUAUUCUAUUAAGCUAUUUGUUUGUAACUAUUUCAUUAUGCUGAUUAUCAAAGAAUACGGAGUACUAUUAAUUAAAAUUACUGUAAGCAUGUGUCGAUUUGAACAGUUAUGCUUCUAAAAGGUUAUGAUUAAACUUUAACGUUGUCCAUCUGUUUUCGGUUUCUAUACAACAUUGUAUAUAUACUGACCACGUGGUGGACACAAAUCAUUUAAGUACUAGAUAAUUGUUUAAAAAAAAAAAACAUUGCUGCAAAAAGUUGGCUUACAUACCUGGGUGCAGGCUGUCUCACGUGCUGUAUUUCAAGAAUAUUGUGUAAGUUUAGGCUACUAUAACAAAAUAUUUCUAGACAACGAAGCAGUCAUUUAACUUUGUUUUUAAGAAAAAGAAUCUAUCACUAGCUAAGAUGCAGAUAGAAAUAUCUGAUUCUCAGGUAACUAUUUUACGGUAACUCGGCAGAGCCUCGUUAUUACCUACAAAAUUGACAUCGAGCCAGAUAUUUCCAUCCGCAAGAUGGAACAUUUAACAAGUGAAAGAUUCUGGAAGAUCUCCUUUAAACCAUCAAAGCAUCUAUUUAAUCAUUUUUGAAAAAAAACUAUUCAGUGUGUUGUCUCCAUAACUCAGUGACAUUAGUUUACUUAUAUCUUUUCCCGUCGUGAAUUCAAACCCAACACGAAACAUUAAGUUUAAUUACUUUUUUUUCAUUUUUGUAUCAUUUCUAACACAUUACUUUCAUUACUGGUUUGUUGCACAAAUGUGUAUUCUAUUUUUUUAAUUGAGAAAGGUAAAGAACAAUUUCAUCACGAAAAAUCUGACAAUGACCGAUUUUUAUAAAUCUAGGUAUUAUGUAAUUUUAUUUUGGCUGCAUAUAGCUUAUAUAUGUUUUUGAUCUACUUGAUUUAUGACAAUUAACCUGUGUAUGUUUAUGGUGGUAUUUUUGUUAGGUGUUUUUUUUUAUUUUGAUAAAUAAUUGCGUGAAUUUUAUAGGUCUGUCCACCACAAACGAUAAAGGCUUUGUAUGUUUUUAAAGUCUAAAUGUACAUGUACAUACAAACACAUAUUUUAUAUAUAUAAUCAAAAUACAAAGUGAAAAAGUCAUUAAAUUAGUAUUUGCUUAGUUUCGUAUCUAUAAAUGAUGGAUGGUAUGUGAUUUUGCAGGGGUGAAAAUUACCCAUAUUUAAGCGUCUAUUCUUUUACUUUUUCAGUGUUCUAAAAUUAUCGACGAUGUGUGUAAUACCUUGAGUGUUUUUAUAGUUUGUCGUUUUUAACUCCGUUUUAUUGUAUUCUGCUGUCCUAAAAUACAUAAUAUUAUAUUUAUUGUACCAGCCGUCAUAUUAUUUGCAAGCAUAUUAACUGACAUACCUGUUUUAUGUACAAAUAAAUUGUGUAUAAGUAUGUUAAUUAUGUAUAUAGAUGGUUUUAACGGUGGCAAGGAUAAGGUUAUUCUAUGUCUGCACAUUCUUACAGUAUAGCAGACUUGAACAACAUGUACUGCUUAAUCUAUUGUCGUCAAAAGUCAAAAUAUAUUGACUGAACUGGUGUCAAAACCGCUGAUAGAAUAUUAUUCGACAACAAAAUGACCGUUCUUGAACGUGUAUGCUUACAUAAAACAAUACAAGCAUUCCGUCCGUUCGAUCGGCCAAUAGACCACAAUUUUACAAUAAAAAUUAAUCAAACUUUACGAAUUUUUGUUAUGGAUAUUUAAUGAUCCAUGUAGUUUCGGAGAUCAGAAGGUCAAAGGUCAAGGUCAAAGUAAUCUUGAGACUGCGAAAGCCUUUGCUCAAUAUGUAAAGGCUGCUGUGGACAUAAGAUGUCCCUUACUGUUUCGUUGGCAAGUAAGAUAAAAAAAAAUGUCAAUAUCUCUAGUCUGUAAACGGUUUCCAGCAAAAGGUAUGAAAAGUAUAAGCAUACAGUGUUCAAACUUCGUAAGCUGAUUGCCUUUGGUCAGUAGAUUUUAUGUUAUGUUGAGGUCAGUACGUAUAAGGUCAAAGUCACAUGGAUCCCGUUCCUGGUAAAUGUUUCCAAUCAUUUUAAUUUAAUGUCGUCGUCAAAUUCCAUAGGAGGAUGGCCUAUGGUUAAUACAUGACCCUUAUAUUGUAAGGGAUUAGUAGGUUAAAGGUCUAGAUUACAGUGACCGUCAAAGUGUGUUAUCUAACCAACAAGACUAUCAAAUAAUUGAUAUUUAUCUCCUGCUUUUAAUUUAACCAAUUCAAUUCAAUAAAGUGCAUUAAAGAACAUACAACGAAUGUUGCGCAAGGUAUGUUUGUGUUAGAUGCCAGUGUCCGCUUUUUAAAUUACCUAACUCUUGAAUUGUAUGUGUCAUAACUUCUAUUAUCUCAUUAUUUAGUUUGAAGGUAGACGUGACGUUGAAUGUCUUCCCAGUUCAAAUAUCAUUGUGUGUGUGUUAUUUUUUGUUUGUUUGUUGUUUUUGAACAGUACCAAUGAGCAUAGAUAACAAAGCUUCAGAUGUGUGCGUGCGCAAAGAAUACUGCGCCGUCCUCGAACAGCACGGCAAAAAAAGUUUUAUUUUAUCAUUUGUAAACAAUUCAUUAAUCUUAUUAUCUGUAUCAUUUACAAUAAAAAUAACGGAAAAAAUAAACUUUAACAUUUCUUCAAUCCCUCUAUUUUGCACCAAAGUUUAAUUUGAAAAAUUGAUGAUGUUAAUUUCUUUUUGUUUAUGGCUACGGCUUUGACUGAAAUGCACAUACUUUGAAUUUUACUUUAUAUCUUACAUGUAAUUUUUCUUGGCAAUUCAUUUUAAUAUAUAAGAACAUUCUUAGUUAUCCACUUAUUUUCUUUUAAUUUUUUAAAUUGACAAAGAUUGUUAACCUUGUGAUGACGUUUUAGUUUGAGGCAAAUGUACACAGUAAAAGUGCGCAAUUCAGCUGUCAGUUAAAUCAUCAUUUUGUGUUUAUUUAAUUUGUUAUUGUUUUAGGUCGGCAAUUCAAAUAAUUCUUAGAACAACCAAUUUGUUUACAUAGUUAGAUCGAUGUAGCUAUUUACCAGCCAGCCAUUGUUUUAACAGCGGAAUGUGUUAUUCAUUAUUAUUUGGUCUAAAUGACUUUCUUAACUAUUCUAACUAAUCGGAUAUUGCAAAGUUCUCAACAGAAAUUGAUUUUGUUGAUCUAAUUAUAAUAAAUUAGUUUGUUAUUGAGUUUGAUUGAACAUUCAUUAUUUGCUCAGAAAUGUUAGUUAGGUAGUUGGUUUAUUUGGUCAGCAAUUUUGUUUUAUUUAGAACAGCAAAAUGAAUCGCAGUCGAUGUUUUGUCUAUAAGAUUUGACCUGAAUUCUUUUGUUUGUUUCAGUACUAAUCAUAUAUUUACGAAAAUACCAAGAAGUAAUUGCUUCUACAUCUGUUGUUUAUGGUUAUACAUUUGCAUUACUUACGAUUCAAUUGGCAAGUUUUGAAAACUGCUAUGCACUCCUUUUAAUAAUAUUAAACAUGGCAUUACGUUGCCGUUCUUGACAAAGGGGUAAAUAUUUAUACUCCAGUCCCCGGGGACCUCCCGUGUGCAAAAAACGUCUACCGGCUAAUUUUUAUAUUAAUGUUUAGAUAAAUGUCUGAAAUGUCAGAAAAGUUAGGGUGGAGUUGCCGCAUCAUAGUACGUUUUUCGAAAUCCAAGAUGGCGUCCAAGAUGGCCGCCAAAAUUAUGAAAAAGCACUAUUUAUCAUGCUUUAGUCAUAAUUUUAUGAAAAUUUGAAUAGUUUUUAAUCUUGAAGUUCACAAAAUAUAGCAAACCCAUUUUGCCAUCCAUGUAAGUCAAUUUCUCUCAAUUAUUUGUACAUUUACUGAAGAAAAAGAGGAAUGUUCUUCAAAGUAUUGCGAAAAAAAAAUACUAGAAAACGAUGCUGCUGUAUAUUUUCACUUCUUGUAUUUAUAGUUUCAGUGAUAUUUACAAUUUUUUAGUUUAAGGUGUAAAUAUCAUUAGUUUUAUUUAGAUUUAUAUCAUUUUUAUAGUACAUGGAUGCCUGACUCUUGGUAUUGUUUUUUUUUUUGGAGGGUGGGGUAAAUGGAAGCUAAUCCCAAAUUUGCUUUAAAUACUAAGGAUUUUAUGAUCUUUUCCCAAUGUUUCUUCAAAAUAUAUAUGGUACUUAUAUGAUGUUUGCCUUGAACUGAGGCAGUAAUAAUACUAAAAUAUAUAUCUUUGCUUUGUAAUUCGACCAUGUAUCAUUGUUGCCAUGGUAACAGCUUGAAGAAAAUAAGAGAAACGUUUAAAUAUAUGUUGGUUUGGUAUUUUUUCUUCUUUUUUUCAAAAAAUAACAAACCAGUUUAUGUUUGUGGUACCAUAGAUUAAAGCGUAAGAUUUAUUGAUAGCUCAUACCAAAAAGGGGAUGGAGUAUAAUUUAAUUGUAAAAUAUUAAUUGUAUUAAAAAUUCCAUUUCUUGAAAAUUCCCCUUCACAAUAACAUAGAAUCCAGAAUUGACACAAAUUAUCAUACUAAAAUAUAGAAAAUCCUUUUUCUAUAGUACUCUUUUGCACUUUGUAAUUAUCGAUUUUUAGUCUGUUUUAUUGCUCAAAAGCUUUUAAUAAUUCCAAAAUACAUUUAUAUGUAAAUAAAAUUUUCUAUGUGAGAACUGUGUGUAACAGUAAUACAGAAAAAGUAGAAAACAACAGGUCGCCCAACACGACAAAUGUUGCUCAUGAUGAGACGACGUCUCAUGUGUAACACCCGCGGGCCCUUGGCUGAAAGGUAAAGUUCACACUUGAAAGUCAAAGACCAAAAGUGUUUUUCCUGUCCAGUUUGUAACUCAACAAUCCUUAAAGGGAUUUUGAUAUUACUUGGCACAAAUAUUCACCACCACGAUGUCAUGCAAGAACCAGGUCCCUAGUCUAAGGCCAAUGUCACACUUAAAGGCCAAUGGUCAAAUUCAAGAAUGACAACAAUGUCCGGAACAUUUCUUUUUCAUGUAUGGAGUGAUUUUGAUGUAACUUGACACAAAUGUUCACUACCAUGAGGCACCCUUGUUUUAAGAAUAACUUCCCUUUAUUUUAAUAUAAAUAGCUUAUAUUGUAACUUAUUUAAUACUGGCUGUAUUGAAAAAUCGAGACCACUUUUCUGUGGUACAGCAUGCAUGUUAUAUCCUAUUUGUAGGUGUAUUUUGACAUAUCUUUUCCUGAUAAAGAGUUUUGUGUGGUCCUGUAUUAUAAAGAUUUUUACGAUUUACUUCCCUUUUCUGUUACAAUAAAUGACAUUAGAGAAAAUUAGGUGCCUUCUAGUAAGGGACUUCGUAUUGCUUGGCAAUACUUGAUACACUUGUUUAUUAUGGAGUUUUUUUAAAUAUCUGUGUAGCAGACGUCUGUGUAAGCAAGUGCUUAGAGAGCGGUAGUGGUGUAACACAUUUCAUUUCUCUUGAAUAGUUCAUUUAACUUGGUUAUAUUCUAUGUUCUUACAGAUUCUAUGCUUUAGAAAGUAUAACUGAUAUUACAUAAUUCAAGGUUGAUAAGUAUCCUUGUCGUACAAGCUGUCAGAAGUUUCUACAGUGUGCAAAUCGACUUAUGAUAAUGAAAAGGUGCAAAUAUUACUUAAAUCCUUACUAACAGAUAUGUGUAGUAGCAAAAUGGUACAGCAUUUUGUAUAUCUUAUUUGAACAAAAUUAGAAUGGGAGAAAUUUACAAUAGAUAACGAUUUCAGCAAUAAGGUUUAAUUUGUAUUUGUAAUUCUACAAUUGAAAAAUCUUAUUUCUUUAAGCGAUGCAGAUGCAUAAUUCAACACAAAAAAAAUGAACAAGUAUGAAGGUAUCUGUUUUAUAUUUUUAUACUGGCUGAAUGUAACACCUUUCGUAGGAAAGUUGUUUUCCCUUGUAAGUCUGUGCAAAAAUCUAGACGACCAAACGGGAACUUGGAAGUCAAAAAUAUACAGCAUUUUAAAAUGAAAACUAUGAAAUCUAUUUCGAUUGUUCAUUAAGACGUUGUCGUAGGGUCAGAUAAAUGGAAGUAAAUCCUAAUAUAAGAGCUGUGUGUAAGACAGCGCGCUCCACUUUUCGGGGAUUUGACAGUAAAAUGAAUAUAUGUCUCAGUAAAGAUCUCUACUUUAAAAGGAAGAUAUACCAAGGGGCAUAAUUCUGUCAAGAACACAAAUUAGAGUUAUUGGGAUUGUUACAAAUGUACCACACAUGCAAAUGAUGAUGGUAAAGAUAUAUUUUGAGUUUAAGUCAUUAUCUUAUAUAAUACCAAAGUUAUGUCCAGAAAAAGAAGUUAAAAAAAUUCUAAGUAUGAAAGGGGCAUAAUUUUUGGCAAAAAUACAAAGCAGAGUUGUGGGGAUUGUUACCACACAUGCAGAUGAUGAUGAUAAAGAUACAUAUUAAGUUUCAAGUCUUUAUCUUAUAUUGCAUAAAAGUUAUAUUCAGAAAGCGAAGAUUGCGAGAAAAAAAACUUUAAGUACAAAAUGGGCAUAAUUCUGUCAAAAACACAAUUAGAGUUAUGGGGUUUGUAACCACACAUGCAGAUGAUGAUCAUAAAGAAUUUUUUUUAAUUUCAAGUCAGUACCAAAGAUAUGUCUAAAUAAGUAGUUUUCGGAAAUAUUUAACAUGUACCCUUUUUUUGCACACGGGAGGUCCCCAGGGACUGGAGUAUUAGUGAAAAUGCGUAGAAAAGAGGUCUGAAUAAAAGAGGACAAAUUAGAGGAAAGAAAAACAUUUCACAGAAAGGGAGAAGGAUAACUAAACAACGACUCAGAGAGGAUAGGAAAAUAUUUUACAGAAAGGGAGAAGGAUAACUAAGCAACAACUCAGAGAGAGGGUGUUAAAGUAUUAAGUGCGCAACAUUUCCUGGUUUACCAUCGAGAGUUUGCAAGAGCUUCACUGUAAUGCCUUUUCACUAUCAAUUAUCUAUACUGGUCAAAGCAUAAAUUAUUGUGUGUUUAUAGCAGUUGUUACCUUCUGCAUACUGAGAAAAUGGGAGACGACAGCAGUAAUUACUUUGUCAUGGUAUAUUUUGCGAUUAGUUUCAUGUUACUGUUGCUUUAUUAUAACUGUUAUAUUCGUGGUAAAUAAAUUUCUGUGUGUGUUACCA